GACAGAUCUCCAGUGAAGAGGCUGGAAAGAGCAGGCAGAUUCCCAGUGAAAGUAGAUCCUAAGAAUAACUGUCAAGAGCAAGAACAUCCCUCGUGAAAGGACAAUAGAGAAGAACUGCAGCCAUGGGUAUUCUUUUUAGCUCCCUCUACCAAGCCCUUGUGGGCUUCUCUGGCACCAAGGCUAGAAUCAUUAUGUUGGGUCUCGAUGCAGCCGGCAAGACCACCGUCCUGUACAAGCUGAAGCUUAAUGAGACCGUCACUACAAUCCCCACUAUUGGUUUCAAUGUUGAGACAGUGGAGCCCAUCCGUAAUGUGUCCUUCACUGUGUGGGAUGUGGGGGGUCAGGAGAGGAUCAGAGCCCUUUGGAAGCAUUAUUUCAUUAACACGGAUGGCGUGGUCUUUGUUGUGGACAGUGCUGAUUGGGAAAGGUUCCAAGAAGCCAGACUGGAGCUGGAAGCAAUUCUGGACGAUGAUAAAAUGAGAGGGGUCCCAUUUCUGGUGAUGGCCAAUAAGCAGGAUCUUCCCGGUGCCAGGAGGCCAAUGGAGGUGGCAGAAGAAUUGGGCUUGAGGAAGAUACAAGGCAACCAGUGGCACGUGCAGGGCUGUUGUGCAGCUACUGGGGAUGGACUUGUGGAGGGCCUGCAAGUAUUCACUGACUUGGUGAAACAGUUCCAAAAGACCAGGUCCUACUGAGCUGAGACUCAACUACAGCUGUUAUCUGUGCACAUAUAAUGCACUGAUUAUAUUCACAUUAUUGUAUCAGUGCUCAGAUCAAGGCUACUUAGUGUGCAUAUGUGGAAAGACAGUGGGACAUCUGAUCAUUUCAGUUUUCCGUUGGCCACCAAUGACUUGUAUUCAACAGAAAUUCAACAUUGCAAUAUUCUGCUUCUCUGCUGAACAUUUGUAUAUGCAGUCCCUGACCUUUUUACUUAUUUAACUACAAAUCUCUCCCCACCUCCCAACAGCAAAUUGCCAUUGAUUGUAAGUGGUUAUGUAUGUUAUCCCUAUCAAAUAUGUAUAUGUCUCUUGUUAUCAUUUCUCUUCUGCUGUUUUUCUUCUAUAAAUAUUUGACUAAAUUAAAGUUUAUUUUCUAAUAAAAAAUACACUCAAAUGGUA